AUGCUGGGCGCAGUGCUGGCGGCGGGCGUCUGCGCCUUUGUGGCUGGGCUGUGCUGCGCCUGGAAGGUCAUUGGCAGGAUGCGGAACAAGAGGGAUCAGGAGAUGUUCUUGCAGGAUGCGGAUGAGAUCAAUCGUGUUGCAAACCUCCCAGAGGACAUGUCCGCGUUGCCCGCGGAAUACUACACCUGGGACCACAACACGGACCUUCCUCCGGAGGUGUUUGUGCAUAAACACGAAGCUGAACAGUCAUCUACACUCGAUUCGGAGGAGCCAUCAGUCCCAGCGGACCUGCCAGACCCAGAGGAGAUGUUGCACAAGUGGAAUCCAGAUGACAUGGACGUGGACAUGAUGGAAGAGGAAGAGGAAGUGAAUCGAAACAGGCCAGCGGACAGCUCUCCAGGUCUUCCACCACAUGCGGAAGAUCCAGUCGAGGAGCCCCGACUCUUCUCCGACGAGGAGGAUGUGGAGAUCGAGCUGCAACUUGCCAACUUCUAA